AUGACUCGAUUCAACCUUGACGGCGGUUUUACAGUUGCCUCAUUCGCUGCGAUGGUAUAUGAUUGGGCACUGACACUCGGACAUGAGAUUGAACUCAUCUGGAGACAAUACUGGUCCCUCAUGACGAUUCUAUAUGUCACUGUGCGCUACAUUGGAAUACCUUACACUGUUAUCAACAUGUUGGUAGGCCUUCCAUCGGUUUCGCUGACAGAUAUACGUGUUGGUAUAAUGAUGGCAACAGCUGUGAGCAACAACAUGAACUUUGCAUUAAAUUGGACAAAUGUAGUCGUAACUGCCAUGCUAGAUGUCAUCAUGAUUGCUCGGUUAUAUGCUAUGUAUCAGGGAUCGAGAAAGAUGCUUAUCUUUCUCGUUGUAAUCUUCCUGGCUGUCAACAUCGCCUGUGGAGUGCUCACCGCAAGAGGAUUCAAGUAUGUUGUAGGGGAGGAGUUAAUCUUCUCUGGCAUCUAUAUCUGCAGUUACGAUCACGAGGGAGACGUCGACAUUCUGAUUUCAGCUGUUUGGAUACUCACCGCUGUAUGGGAGGUCCUCGCCCUGUGUCUUGCAGUCUGGAUUGCUGUAAAACACUUCCGUGACCUGCGACGGCUGGGACCAUCAACAGGAUCGAUCAUUGAGAACUGUUUCACAGUGUUGAUAAAAUCCCACGUGCUUUACUUUGCAAGCUUUGCUGCUGUUGCUUCUCUCCAGGUUGGUUAUCUCUCUCCGAUGCUCGCGGAGUCACUUUCCGCAGGAUCUACAUAUGUUGGUAUCCUUCAAAUUCUCUUGGCCAUGCAGAUGUUUGUGCUGGGACCACGCCUCAUCCUUAGUGUUCGAGAAUAUAACGCUAAGCUCAUGGCCGACUCUGUUACGGUUGUCUGUGACACCUUUCAUUUUCCUCUUCACCUUUGCACAUCUUCACCUCUUCACAUUGGCACCAUGUCACAGUAUCACUAUUUCCCGAUAUCACCCUAUCUAGGGUUACUCUCUGACUUCACCUUAUCACAGGUGCACAACCCUAUUCAUUGA